UCCCCUCCGUGCAGAGGCGUGCGGGCCUCGGAGCCUUUCAAAUGGCCCGCCAGCCCGGAGCCAAUCAUGACGCGGCUUCCUUCACUCACAGCCAAUCAUCGACCGCUGUGUAUCGACGCCACAGAGAGGCAAGUGAAGCCGCCAGUGAGUCCAUCUUUCUUGAAGGCAAAAAAACAUUUUUCGGGAUUUCCCGGCCGGGCCUCCAGUUCCCAUCAAGGCCAAAUCUCCUGAGACAGCCAUUGUUUUUAAGGGUGAAUGGGGCUCUAAAACCAACGAAGCCAAUGCGGUGCCAUAUUUGCUAUGCUCAAGAACGAGGUCCUUAACCAUCAGUGGCAACUGAAGCCAGGUUGCCGCCAUAUUUUCUACAGGCAUCUUCCGGGUCCUUUACCCCGGUAUCUCUGUCCAAGAGGCCAUGAAGUGAAUAAAUACCUAGGAGUUUUAUCUGUCCCCACCAGAACCCCUGAUCGCCUCGCAGCCAGUCCUUGCCAUUUUGGUUUCCAUACCUGGCAGCGCUGGGAGACCGAGGCUGGCCGGGGCCGGGGCCUGGACCGCAGCCGUUCGCGUGGACUAGGAGAGCUGACGCCGGAAGUGGGGAGGCGGCGGCUCAGGGACGAGGCGGCCGGCCUCGGAGCCGGGAGCUCCCAUGGCGCCACCCCCGGCCCCGCUGCUGGGGCCACGACCCGGGGAGACCCAGCCUGGUUGCAGGAAGCGCGGGGUCGUGAGGUUCGCGGACGUGGCCGUGUACUUCUCCCCGGAGGAGUGGGGUUGUCUGCGGCCCGCGCAGAGGACCCUGUACCGGGACGUGAUGCGCGAGACCUACGGCCACUUAGGCGCGCUCGGAUUCCCGGGCCCAAAACCAGCCCUCAUCUCUUGGAUGGAACAGGAGAGUGAGGCUUGGAGCUCCGCCGCCCAGGAUCCUGAGGAGAGGGAAAGCCCGGUAGGAGCUCUGAGAGCAGACUCCCCGAGCAAGAAGGAGGAACCCAAAGAAGAGCCAGGAGACAAGGGACCUGCACUGACUCCUGGGAAGGAACCGCCUGAAGAGUUGGUUAAACACAGUCCUGACUCAUCUGUCAGCAAGGCCUUGGCAAGAUCUCAGCCACCCACAAAAGCUGCCUGGGACCACGUGGCGGCAGCCCAGCCUCCUGUCCCCACGCCCACUGUGGAUGCUCAGGCCAACCAGCGGUGCCACGUGUGUGCAGACUGUGGCCGCCGCUUCACCUACCCCUCGCUGCUACUCAACCACCGGCGCAUGCACUCCAAUGAGCGGCCCUUCCCCUGCCCCGAGUGUGGCAUGCGCUUCAAGAGGAAGUAUGCCUUGGAAGGGCACCAGUGGAUCCACCGCUCCUGCUCUGGGGGGCGGCGGGGCAGGAGACCUGGCAUCCGGGCUGUACCUCGGGCCCCAGUCCGAGGUGACUGGGACCCGCCCGUGCUCUUCCGGCACUACCCUGACAUCUUUGAGGAGUGUGGGUGAAUGGCUCCUGCAGGCUGGAGUUGAGCCCAACAUUGCCACUAAGGACUGCCUGGCUCCUGAGGCAGCGACCUGGGAACUGAAAUUCAUCCCUCAGCUUCUUUCAAGGAUCCCUCAAGUUUCCAAACUUGUAAAAAGAAAAGUGCCUGUAACAAUCAAACAGAUUAAACUGGGAGCAGUGGUACACACCAGUGACCCAGCACUGGGGAAGCUGAGGCAGGAGAUCACUGAGUUUGAGGCCAGUCUGAGCGCCUCAUCAAGUUCAAGGCCAGCCUGAACUUCACAGUGAGACCCUGUCUCAAAAAAAAAAAAAAUUUUUUAAAGCUUAAACAGAUUAAACUUGACCACCACCUUCCCAUUCUUUUGUUUAAAAAAAAAAAAAAAAACCAAGAUGCUGGACUUUUCUCAGUGUUACCUCAGGAGCAGGUACAGGCGAGACCUUUCCCUUGUCUCAGGAAAUAUCAUCCGCUGCACCCUUAUUUGCUUAGAAGGCAAAUGGUGAGCUGGGACUCCCCAGAGGAAGUGCAUGGUCCAAGCCUGGUUAACUAACUGUCCCCAGCAGGAAGCCAGGCAGCUGGGAGGGGAGAGAGUACAGACCCGUGUGGCACACAUCUCGUCUGUGCGGCUUGUCCAGAGGCCCCCUGAGCCUCAGUUCCCGCAUCUGUAAAAGGAAGGAAGGUUAAUAUCAUCUACCUCAAAGGUUUGGUGUGAAGACUGAAAUCGCAAUGGGAUAAUAUGUAUGAGACGGUAAAUGUGCAAUAAACGUUCGUUG